AUGCGUCAAUAUCUUGUUUCAGGUGUUUUCCUCUUGCUCGCUGCCUCUUCAACCAACGCGCUUCCUACAAGCCUAGAGGCCCGAUCAAACAACCUAGCAGUUCGAUCUUAUACUACCUCAAGCGGAUCAAGUGUUAACUAUGCUGCGCCUGCCGACGAGUCUGUUCUAGACGCUCCCGCCGACGAAUUUGUCGGUACAUCUGAUGCGCCUGCCGACGAGUCGGUCGAAGCACCCGCCGAUGAGUAUGCUGGCGAGGCGCCUGCCGACGAGUCCGUUGAAGCUCCUUCAGACGAGUCUGUAGACGCGCCUGCCGACGAGUAUGCCGGCGAAGCACCCGCUGAUGAGUUUGUUGGCGAGGCUCCCGCCGAUGAGUCUGUUGAAGCACCCGCCGAUGAGUCUGUAGAGGCUCCUGCCGACGAGUCCGUCGAUGCUCCUGCCGACGAGUCUGUAGAGGCUCCUGCCGACGAAUAUGCUGGAGAGGCCCCUGCGGAUGAGUUUGUUGGUGAGGCUCCCGCCGAUGAGUCUGUCGAGGCUCCUGCCGACGAGUCCGUCGAUGCUCCUGCCGACGAGUCUGUAGAGGCUCCUGCCGAUGAGUCUGUCGAUGCCCCUGCCGAUGAGUCUGUCGAGGCUCCUGCCGAUGAAUCUGUUGAUGCGCCUGCCGACGAGUCUGUCGAGGCCCCCGCUGAUGAGUUUGUUGGUGAAGCACCUGCCGAUGAGUUUGUUGGAGAGGCACCCGCCGAUGAGUUCGUUGGAGAGGCCCCCGCCGACGAGUCAGUUGAAGCCCCUGCCGAUGAGUCUGUCGAUGCCCCCGCCGAUGAGUCAAUUGAAGCUCCCGCGGACGAGUCAGUCGAGGCUCCCGCUGAUGAAUUUGUUGGUGAGGCCCCUGCGGACGAGUCAGUUGGAGAAGCCCCUGCAGAUGAAUCCACCGGAGAAGCCCCCGCCGAUGAAUUUGUAGGAGAGGCCCCCGCCGACGAAUCCGUUGAAGCUCCCGCCGAUGAGUUCGUUGGAGAGGCACCCGCCGAUGAGUUCGUUGGAGAGGCCCCCGCCGACGAGUCUGUCGAAGCCCCUGCCGAUGAGGGAGUCACUCAGGCAAUUGAUGCUCCCGCCGAUGGUGAUGAAGUUAUUCCAGAUGACGAGUCUGCUCCCGAUAGUGCUGACGAAGAGGCUGCUCCUACCGGCGGUGAUGAUGAGAGUGCUGGUGGCGAUGACGAGAGCACCGGUGGCGAUGACGAGAGCACCGGUGGCGAUGACGAGAGCACCGGUGGUGAUGAUGAGAGCACUGGAGGUGAUGAUGAGAGCACUGGAGGUGAUGAUGAGAGCACUGGUGGUGACGACGAAUUCUUCGAGGACAACGAGGAAGCUGAGAGCAUCGCCGACGAGCAAGGUGAAAUUGACGACAAGGAGGCAGCUGCACCCACCGCUCCUGCUGGUGGUGCAAGUGAAGCUCCUGCCGACGAGGGAGUCGCUGAUAGCUCCGACAACGAAUCUGCCGGCGGUGAUGAUGAGAGUGCCGGUGGUGAGGCCGAUGACGAGGCAGCUGCUGAGGCCGACGAUGAGGCAGCUGGUGAUGGUGGUGAUGAUGAGGAAGUCAUCUUGCACAGCAUCAAGAAGAGGGCUGUUCCCUUCAUCGCUUAA